AGAGUCACGAGGUCAAAUGGCUGAAGUUGUUCAGCGAAAUUUGGAAGCGCGGCUCGAUGAACUCGAUGAAUUAGAGCGGAAAGGAUUGUUUAGCAGGGAAGAAAUAAGAACAAUUGUGAGGAAGAGGCGAAAUUUUGAGUAUCAAAUAAACAGACGUAUCGUUCAAAAGGAAGACUACUUGAGAUACAUUCAAUAUGAAAUUAGUCUGGACAUGCUGAGAAGGAAACGAAAGAAGAGAGUGCAGAUUAUUAGUCCCAAGUCUACUGUUGAUUAUUCAAUUGUUCAGCAUGUGCAUCACCUUUUCCAGUUGGCUACUAAUCGUUUUAAGGGUGACCUAAAGCUCUGGCUACAAUAUGCACAGUACUGUGAGAAAGUGGGCAGUUUGCGCCAGCUCAGUCAAGUGUAUGGCCAGGCACUUUGUUAUCAUUCUCAUAAUGCAGGUUUGUGGAUUUCUGCUGCUAAGGCAGAAUUUGAAGUGAACAAAAACAUCUCGGCUGCUCGGACUGUGAUGCUGAAAGCUCUCCGAGUCAAUCCAGACACAAAACAGGUGUGGCACGAGUACUUUCGAUUGGAGCUUUUGUAUGUAGACAAGGUGUUGAAACGACGCCAGAUUCUUGGAAUUGAUUUUUCGGAGACAGAUCACGAGGUUGUUUCUGAUGCUGUUCUUCAGCACAAAGCAGCAUCUAUUGUCUUUCAUCAAGCAAUGGAAACUAUUUCUGGUGAUGUGCUCUUUUGUAUUCGUUUUCUUUCCAUCUGUCAGCUUUUUGAACAAACGACAUCCGUUCAGAAUGAAAUCUAUGAACAUUUGGUGGAACAACAUAAUAAUAACGAAGAAGCAAGAGAUGUUUUAGCAAGAAAACCUCUAAGCGACUAUUUUUACUCUGCAGAGAAGGAAACCGUAACAAAGUCUGAGAAUGCAGAGAAAGCAGCUAGAAAGGAUUGUAGAAGACUUUACAAGGCUGCAGUCACUGAUAUCUCUACUGCCAAGAUGUGGACAUUUUUCCUCCGCUUUGUGUUGGAUUGGUGUAAGCAGAAGAUGCCAGAAAAAACGACAACUACAUGCUAUAAGCAACUCCUGGAGCUGAUGGAGCAAGCUUCGUCACUUGGCUGCCUUUCUGUUGAAAUGUGGCAUCACCGAAUUGAAGUCAACCUCCGCCUUGGCUUCACUGAUGAUGCAUUGACAUGCAGUGUCAGUGCCACCAGUGAUCAUAGUGAUUCCUUAGACUUGUGGAUGAAGUGUGCUAAGCUGCAUUGCUUAUUAUGUGAAGGCUCACCAGACACAGAAGAUAUAUUUGAGCAUGCACUUCAGUCUGUUUCUCAAAAGGAUUCAUUACCACUAUGGAGCAUGUGGACUGAAUAUUGUCAGUCUGCGUGUCCAGAAAAAGUAGAGACUGUCUUUCAGAGAGCAAGUAAUGCUGAUAAGAUAGUAUCAGAAGUCAUGAAUAGUUGCUACUUGGAGUGGAAAUGCCACACAGCAGGAAUCAAGGAGGCGAGACAAACAUUCCAAAGGCUGAUUAAGUACAACUCAGUUCCACUCAGUCUGUACCUAACUUUGAUCCAGCUGGAAGUGACUCAGCCACGAUGUCACAUGAAGAGGUUACGACUUGUUUAUGAAAAAGCAGUUCAAGAUCAUGGAAGUCUGUCCGUAGAUCUAUGGAUACAGUACAUUAAGUCUGAGUUACAGAUGGAAGGUGGUCGACCAGGAAAGGUUCCCGAGUUACACUGGAGAGCAUUGAGGUCUCUUGAGGGUGAACAAGCAUCUUUGUUUGUAGAACAGUAUACUUUGCUAACAGUUUAGAAGCCAUGUAUUUAAUACAGGAAACCUGUAUAACGUACUAACCAUUGAGAUUUACAUGUACAGUUAUAAA